AUGGAUCGACAACUUCUUGGAAAUGGAGAACAAGUGGAAAAUAGAGUGGUGCAGAGGUUCCAGAGGAGCUUUGUGCAAGUGCAGAGCCUCUUGGACCAGAACAGGCUGCUCAUCAAUGAGAUCAACCAGAACCAUGAGUCGAAGAUCCCCGGAAACCUCAGCCGCAAUGUGGGAUUGAUCAGGGAGCUCAACGACAACAUCCGCCGUGUCGUUGACGUCUACUCCGAGCUCUCCCUCUCCUUCGCCAGGCCAACGGAGGCUUCUCCUGCAGGCAACUCACAAUUCAGCCACAAGAGACUUAGGCCUGGUCAAUGA